AUGGCGUCCGACGAGAUAGUCUGGCAAGUCAUCAAUCAGCAGUUCUGCUCAUUCAAGCUCAAACUCUCCGCCAAAGACCAAAACUUCUGCCGCAACGAACAUAACGUAACAGGCUUCUGCAACCGCCAGUCAUGUCCACUUGCCAACUCCCGCUACGCCACCGUACGACCAGAUCCAGCGACCGGUGCUCUGUACCUCUACAUCAAGACUCCCGAGCGCAACCACCUGCCUUCACAAUGGUGGGAGAAGAUCAGACUACCGCAGAACUAUGAGAAGGCACUGGCUAUGGUGGAUAAGAAGUUGCUCUACUGGCCGAAAUUCUACACGCAUAAGUGCAAGCAGCGACUUACGAGGCUCACACAAGUCGCUAUUAGAUCAAGACGGAUCGCGAAGGAGGAAGAAAGACUGGGCGAGAAAUUGGUGCCGAAAAUUGCGAGCAAGAUCAAGAGACGGGAGGAGACGAGGGAGAGGAAGGCCGAGAGUGCAGCCAAAGUGGAGAGAGCCGUUGAGCGUGAGCUUAUUGAGCGUUUGAGGAGUGGUGCGUACGGUGAUCGGCCUAUUAAUGUCGAGGAAACAGUUUGGCGGAAGGUUCUGAGAGGUCUCGAGCGCGCGGAGAAGGGUGAGGAGCUCGAAGACGAGGAAGACGAGGCUGUCGAAGAGAUCGAGGGCGAGGUCGAAUACGUGAGUGAUCUUGAGGAGAGCGAAGAUGAGCAGGAGAUGGAAGACUUCGACGACUGGCUUGGUGGAGAAUCUCCCGACGAUGACAGUGACGACGACAGCGAGGAAGAUGAUAGCGAAGACAGCAGCGAGGACGACUCGACACCUAAGGCAGGAGCCAAGCGGAAACGGACCGGUACACAGCCCAAGUCGAAGAGACGGCCUAAUCUGGAGAUCGAGUAUGAGACCGAGCCGCCAUUGAAAGAGGCCCUGCUUGCGUGA